CUAAAGCCCAAUAGUUUUGAGCUUAAUUGCACAUUUCGGUAAGCAGAUCAUCCGGAUCCACCGGGUGAGAGCUUCCAUUUCUGAAGCCCAAAUAUGGCUACUUCAGUCUCCAGAACCAUCUUUCUCCUUCGUUCAAUCACUCAUCACCAUAGAGCCCCCUAUCUAUCUCCACUAUCCCAAUCUCGAAUCCCUGGUUUGUUUGCCCACAAACCCAAGGUUCAGAUUAACCGCACGUUCGCAUAUUCUUCGAUGGAUUCCGGGUCGAAAGAAUCUCCUUCCAAUAAUCCGGGCCUUCAGGCUACCCCUGAUGAUGCCACCAAAGGUUACCUCUUGCAGCAAACUAUGUUCAGGAUUAAGGACCCGAAAGUCAGUCUUGAGUUCUACUCCAAAGUAUUGGGCAUGUCAUUGUUGAAGAGAUUGGAUUUUCCAGAGAUGAAAUUUAGCCUAUAUUUCAUGGGAUAUGAGGACACAUCAUCAGCUCCCACGGAUCCAGCUGAUCGUGUUGCUUGGACUUUUGGUCAAAAAGCUACUCUAGAGCUUACACAUAAUUGGGGUACUGAGAGCGAUCCAAAUUUCAAGGGUUACCACAAUGGAAAUACAGAGCCUCGUGGAUUUGGACACAUAGGUAUUACUGUUAAUGACGUAUACAAGGCUUGUGAGAGAUUUGAAAAACUGGGUGUGGAAUUUGUAAAGAGACCCACUGAUGGGAAAAUGAAGAGUAUAGCAUUCAUCAAAGAUCCUGAUGGGUAUUGGAUAGAGAUCUUUGAUACUAUUUUUAUCAAGGAGGCUACUUCUGAUGCUGCUUGAUUCGCCACCUUUUCCAUUUCAGACAACCAAUCUUCAUUCAUUAGUUUGUUUGUUUUAUGCGAUGACAUUCAUUAGUUCGUUGAUUGGCGGCGCUUCCGUAAAACUUGGUUUUAAUGCACUUUAGUUAUAUUUCAAUGUUGGAUGUAUGAAAUUGCAUAUGCCCAAUCUCGCCCACAAUCUAGACAGGCUGGUGCCCCGUUUGGUUUCAAUAAGAGUCUUUUGACUUUUUUAGCUGAACCUGUAGAUUUUGCCUAAUCCUCAUUUCAAAUUGUUCAAUGGGUUCACCCAAUCGCCCUUAU